AAAAAAAACCAACUUUAUUUUUAUACAACCUCCAUUCCCAAACUCCCUCCCAUUUUCCCUAAAAAAAAAAAAAAAAAAACUAAACUCUGCUCCCAUUUUGAUUUUAUAAGACAAUCAUUAAAAAGAACAUUUUAAAACGGAAAAAGUAAUGAAAAAUUUCACACCGUGUACGACACGAGACCAAACCCGUGUAUGAAAGGUACAAAGACUAGGAAAUCUUUGUAGCAAGGGAAGGGUAUAAUAAGUUAUGGGCUCGUAGUCACCUCACCCCAAAUUGGACAUAACCCACCUGACACCUCACACUAUAUUUGGUUGUUUCUUUCAAUAAUCACUAGAUUCUCUAUGCUCCUUCCAAAUUUCUAUCCCUCGUUAAAAACUUCAUAUCUCCCACCCUCUUCGCUUCACAUUCAUCUCCAAACACUAUUUUUUCUCUUCAUUUUCUCCUUUUCAUACCCUUAAAUUUGUUAAUUUGUGCAUGGUUUUCUAUUGAUUGCCUGAAAUUUUGACUAUUUUUUGUUGGAUCUUUCAAGAUAUGGAAUUUGAGUACCAAGAGGAGUACAUUAGGAAUUCAAGAGAUGUCCAGCUUUUUACUUGUAGAUGGUUGCCUCUCUCUCCUCCUAAGGCUCUUGUUUUCAUCUGCCAUGGGUAUGGCAUGGAAUGCAGCAGUUUCAUGAGAGGAUGUGGAAUCAAGCUAGCAUGUGCUGGCUAUGCAGUGAUUGGUAUGGACUACGAGGGGCAUGGAAGGUCCAAGGGUGCCCGCUGUUAUAUUAAGAAGUUUGACAAUAUUGUGAAUGACUGUUAUGACUUUUUCAAGUCAGUUUCUGAGCAGGAUGAGUAUAAAGGUAAACGGAGAUUUUUAUAUGGAGAGUCGAUGGGAGGAGCUGUUGCAUUGUUACUUCACAAAAAAGACCUUACCUUUUGGCAUGGUGCAGUUCUUGUCGCACCCAUGUGUAAGAUAUCAGAAAAGGUGAAGCCUCACCCUGUCGUUAUUAAUAUUUUGACACAAGUGGAGGAGAUUAUACCUAAAUGGAAGAUAGUUCCCUCAAAAGAUGUUAUUGAUUCAGCAUUUAAAGACCCUAUCAAGCGGGAAGAGAUAAGGAGCAACAAGCUCGUAUAUCAAGAGAAACCCAGGCUGAAAACAGCUCUGGAAAUGCUGAGAACGAGUAUCAGCCUUGAGGACAGCUUACAUGAGGUAACCGUGCCAUUCUUUGUACUACAUGGGGAAGCAGACACAGUGACUGACCCAGAAGUAAGCAGAGCAUUGUAUGAGCAAGCCAGCAGCGUCGACAAGACCUUCAAACUAUAUCCAGGAAUGUGGCACGCUUUAACAUCCGGAGAGCCUGAUGACAAUGUAGAGCUUGUUUUCAGUGACAUUGUUGCAUGGCUUGACAAGCGCAGUGACAUUGAAUACAGUACAUUGCACAACCAGUUCCUUGCUCAUCGUGGGAGCGGGGCUCAUGUUGUCAGAUCUGCACCCACAACACCCUUGAUGAACGGUGGAAGCAAAAAGAAGCAACAAAAACCAAGUGUGUACGGGAAAUAUUUAUGUGGUUGGAAAGGACCUCGUAUGCAUCAUCACUCGUCGAUGUAAAGCCUCAGUUCGAUUUGAACGGUCGUGUAUGUAAUUUCGUGUUUUUUGUGUGGGGGGGUGUGGAAUCAUCAUUUAGUUGUAGUGAGAAAAGUCAUAGUGAAAAGUAUCUCAUUUGUCACGAACUCAUGAUAAAUGUCUGUAAAAAUAAAAAGGGAAACUGAAAAUUCUGUUAAUAUAUACUGCUAUAUCAAUUGACAAUAUGUAAAGCUCUUUGUUUAUGUUUCUAUAGAUUAUGUGAAGUAGUUAAUAC